UCGCGCACCCUAUAUAGGAAUCUUUUGCACCGCGCGGCUUAUAUAACGCGUUUGUUAAAGAUGCUCUUACUCCAGCGCCCAGCUCUCAGCUGAAGCUGAAAAGGAAUGCAGAAGCCAAGCGUGGACGGGCAGUCCCUGCUCGGACCCGCGGAGCGGGAGGAGCAUGCGGCAGCGGCGUCGGAGGCGAAGCGGCUGCUGCUGCUGGCCGGGCCGCUGGUGGCGAGUGGCAUCGUCCGGUGCGCGCUGCAGCUGGUGUCGGUGAUGUUCGUGGGCCACCUCGGCGAGCUCCCCCUCGCCGGCGCCUCGCUCGCCACCUCCCUCGCCAACGUCACUGGCUUCAGCCUGCUGGUGGGCAUGGCGAGCGCGCUGGACACGCUGUGCGGGCAGGCGUUCGGUGCGCGGCGGUACGGCCUCCUCGGCGUCUACAAGCAGCGGGCGAUGCUGGUGCUGGCGGUCUCCUGCGUCCCCGUCGCCCUCGUCUGGGCCAGCACCGCCCGGAUCCUCCUGCUCCUCGGCCAGGACCCGGCCAUCGCCGCCGAGGCCGGCGCCUACGCGCGGUGGCUCAUCCCGGCCCUCGUCCCGUACGUCCCUCUGGUGUGCCACAUCCGGUUCUUGCAGACACAGAGCAUCGUCGUGCCGGUCAUGGCCAGCUCCGCCGUCACCUCGCUCAGCCACAUCCUUGUGUGCUGGGCGCUGGUGUAUAAGGCGGGCAUGGGCAGCAAAGGCGCGGCGCUGGCCACCGCCGUCUCCUACUCCACGAACCUGGCCAUGCUGUCCUUGUACACGCGGCUGUCCGGCGCCUGCAGGGGGACGUGGACUGGGUUCUCCAUGGAGGCCUUCAAGGAGCUGCGCCAGUUCGCGGAGCUCGCCGUGCCGUCCGCCAUGAUGGUUUGCCUGGAAUGGUGGUCGUUUGAACUGCUUGUGCUGCUGUCUGGCCUUCUGCCUAAUCCUAAGCUUGAAACCUCGGUAUUGUCGAUAUGUCUUAAUACCGGCGCUCUCAUGUUCAUGGUGCCAUCCGGUCUCUGCGCAGCCAUAAGCACACGCGUUUCCAAUGAACUUGGCGCCGGUAGGCCUCAGGCAGCGAGGCUGGCAACCAGAGUGGUCGUGUGCAUGGCCAUGCUUACAGGCUCAGUGAUCUCCAUCACCAUGAUUUUUCUACGCAAAUCCUGGGGUUACAUGUACAGCAACGAAGAGGAAGUAGUCACAUACAUUGCCAGGAUGAUCCCUGUCCUCGCCAUAUCUUUCUUCGUAGAUGGAAUACACACUUCUCUUUCAGGUGUGCUAUACGGAUGUGGUGAGCAGAAGAUCGGGGCACGUGUCAACCUCACUGCGUUCUACUUGGCGGGCGUCCCCUUGGCCAUCUUGCUUGCAUUCGUCCUGCAUUUGAACGGAAUGGGGCUUUGGCUCGGCAUCGUUUGCGGCAGCCUCACCAAGCUUGUGUUGCUCGUGUGGAUCGUACUUUCUAUAAACUGGGAGAAUGAGUCAAUUAAGGCAAAAGACAUGGUGUUAGGAACUUCUCUUCCGGUUGCAUGAAGAUCCUUCGGCAGGCCGGAAACUUGUUGAUGUGUGUGUAGAUAGGCCAAUUUGCUUCGAGGGGCGGGAGAUAAUGUGAAUAUUGUGGGCUAAGAUUAGGAUGUGACCAGCACCACUUGAUAUUGUCAAUUAUCUUCCUCUUGGU